UGGAUACUACUCAUACAUAAAUGAUGUAGGGAAGGAAGGGGAUGCUGCUAUAUAAGCCAAUGCAUAUCCCUACUGGCUUAGAGUUCUUGCGCUGCUUCUCUUGUUCCAAAUUAAUUUUCAAUUUUAGCAUCCAUGGAGGUAACCAAAGAACUGGGACGCGAGCUUUCUGAGAGAUUUGGCUCCAAAUCCUCGAGCACCAUUCAACCAGAAGAUAACAGUGACGAAGCUGGAUUUAACUUAGAGAACAAGGCUGCUUACCUCGAUGAGAAACUUGUGUUCAGAAGGAAGUCAUUCAGUGACAGUUUCUUGGUCAAUAUUCAUGAUCUUUUCGACAAUGUUUCUUCUGGAAACUUUGAUAAGACAGGGAAUUCUGCAAUUAGUCAAUCUUCAUCAGCUCCCAAUGAGGAUUCAGAUUUCUGCAGGUUGAGUAAAAUGCAGAUUGAACCCACAUUACCUAUAGCUAUCAAGUUCCAGGAUGUCAAAUACAAGGUAUAUACAGGGAAGUACAUACUUCAUGGAAUCACGGGGUCAGCAAAUCCAGGUGAAAUUCUUGCUCUUAUGGGAACAUCAGGAAGUGGCAAAACAACUCUGCUCAAUCUUCUCAGUGGACGAGCCAAAUUCAACAGUGGUGCAAUCACUUAUAACGAUCAACCGUAUAACAAGUCCCUGAAUCGGAGGAUUGGCUUUGUGACACAAGAUGAUGUUGUGUUUUCCCACCUUACAGUUAAAGAAACUCUUACUUAUGCUGCAUUGCUUCGUCUUCCCAACAUGUUAACAAGAGAAGAGAAAAUAGAAAGAGCCUUGAAUGUUAUAAGAGAGCUAGGUCUUGAAAGGAGUCAAAAUACAGUAAUUGGUGGAAAAUUUGUGAGAGGGAUAUCAGGUGGGGAGAGAAAAAGGGUCUGCAUUGGUCAUGAAAUUCUUCUCAAUCCAUCACUUCUGCUUCUGGAUGAGCCAACUUCAGGGCUGGACUCGACAACUGCACUUAGAAUUGUUCAGAUCCUACAGGACAUGGCAAAGGCUGGCAAGACAGUGGUUACCACCGUACAUCAGCCUUCUAGUAGGCUCUUCAGUAAGUUCGACAAGCUCAUUUUAUUGGGACGUGGGAGUUCCUUGUACUUUGGAAAGACAUCAGAAGCAAUGAUGUAUUUCUCUUCAAUUGGUUGCAAUCCAAUUAUAGCCAUGAACCCAGCAGAGUUUCUUGUUGAUCUUGCAAAUGGAAACAUAAACGAUAAAUCAGUUCCUUCAGAAUUGGAGGACAAGUUCUUACCUGGAAACAAAACUCUAGAGACAGCUGAUGUCCAUGAGUAUCUUGUGGAGGCUUAUGAAGCAAAAAUGGGAACGAUGGAGAAACCGAAGUCCCUACAGUCUGAAGAAGAGGGAGAGAUUCAUGGUAAAUUGAUUCCAAGUGAUUGGGGGGCAACCUGGUGGGAUCAAUUCUUAAUUCUUGUCAACAGAAGCUUUAAAGAGAGAAGACAUGAGUACUUCAGUCCUCUGCGUAUAACUCAGGUUGUAGCCACUGCUAUAAUAGUAGGAUUGCUUUGGUGGAAUUCUGAUGCUUCAUCUCCUGAACACUAUGAAGAUCAGGCAAGUGUGGUCAUUUUCUUACAAUUUUCCUCCUUACAACAUCAACACCUUCCUCAUUUUCCAUGUCCGCAGGCAGGAUUGUUAUUCUUCAUUUCAGUAUUCUGGGGAUUUUUUCCCUUAUUUACUGCAAUAUUCACAUUCCCACAAGAAAGAGCCAUUCUUGUUAAAGAGAGAGGAGUUGGCAUGUACAGACUCAGUGCAUAUUUUGCUGCAAGAAAUAUCAGUGAUCUUCCUUUGGAUCUUGUAAUGCCUACAGUGUUCCUUGUGAUAGUCUACUUCAUGGUGGGAUUAAAGUUGAGCUUUCAUGCAUUUUCUCUCACAUUGCUCACAGUUUUUCUCAGCAUUGUGGCUUCUCAGGGUCUUGGACUUGCUAUAGGAGCAGCAAUCAUGGAUUUGAAGAAAGCAACAACACUGGCUUCCAUUAUCAUGAUGACCUUUAUGUUAUCUGGUGGAUUAUUUCUACAAAAAGUUCCAUCCUUCAUGUCGUGGUUGCGCUACGUUUCUUUCAAUUAUCACACAUACAGGCUACUCCUGAUGAUACAGUGCCCUUGCAUGGAUCCAGCUCCUGGUUCAAGCCACUGCCAAUUUCACCUUGUCACCGAUUUAAGACUAGAUAAUGGUAGAGAAGAAGUAAUAGCAAUGACAGUGAUGAUUGUUGCAUAUCGCCUACUAGCUUACUUCUUCUUAAGGAAAAUGAAACUGAGGAAAAUGGCUUAGUUAUUAUCUGAAAAAGGUUUAUCAUUGAAAUUUUUACAUGUAUCAUUCACCAAAGUAUUGAAUGAUAUCUGCUUGAUUAUACCAGUGCAGUAGAAAAUAUUUUUUGUUAUUA